ACAAAUAACAAAGGGAAGCAGUUUGCCUACCGCCAAAACGCGAAAAGCAGAGCAUCAUCACUAAUUUUGGGUUGAUCAGGAUGCCCCGGUGCGCACGCGAGACCCAGACCAGCCUGGACAGCGAGGAAGAGCUCAGCCCUUCCUCCGAAGAAGAAGGAGAAUACGACGAUGAAUGCUUGCAUUUUGAGGAACGAUUUGAUCCAGCAGAGGAUACAAUAUCGGACGAGAAAGUGGUGCCUUCACGUGCACCUCACACAAGGACGACACACAAACCUACUUCAGUUUUCAACGCGGUCGAGAAUCUUAAUGAAUGUGAGGAUCAUGACAAAACACCUUCCAAAAGAAAGAAAUACCAUUCAAAGGUCAAGAUUGUUUCAUGGAAAGCAGAGACUGAUGUUGACAAGGAUCCACAGACUCUGAGAUUCCUGCCUACUCGGGAACCAGGACCACAGUUGUCUGAUGCUGACUCACACUCUCCCAUGAGUCUUUUCAAACUGUUUUUCACAGAGAGCGCCGUGGAAAACCUGUGCCACAACACAAAUGCCCAGGCUGCCAGGGCAAUUGCAAAAGGCCGCAAGUACAAAUGGACAGAUAUCAGUGUUGAUGAGCUUUACAGCUACAUUGGACUCAUUUUCUACAUGGCCGCGGUGAAGAUGAGCUCCAUCGCUGACUACUGGCGGCAGGACACCAUUUUCUCUGUGCCUUUCCCUGCCACAGUUAUGUCAAGGGACAGAUACCGCACCAUUUCCAAUGUACACAUGAGUCACCCAGACGCAGACAAGGAAAAUGACAAAAAAAGGGGCACAGCUGAAUAUGACCAUGUUUUCAGGAUCAAACCCCUCAUGGACACGAUUCGUCUUGCGUGCAAAGCCUUCUAUCAUCCUAGAAGAAAUUUAAUUGUAAAUGAGAGAUUGGUGGCAUGCAGAGCAAAUACAGAAGUGACAAGGCAUUCAAAAACCAAGAUGACAAAGUUGGGCUUCAAGUUUUUUGAUCUUUCAGACUCAUCAAAUGGAUAUAUUGUGGACUUCUCCGUUUACACGAGCAAUAAUAGUUUUCCUGCAGGCCGUGGGCUUUCAUAUGAUGCUGUGAUGUCUCUCCUGGAUCGUAAAGUUUUGGGCUCUGGGUACCAUGUGUACAUGGAUGAUUUCUACACAAGUCCAAAGCUCUUCACAGACUUGUUUGCUCUAAAGUUUGGUGCUUGUGGGAUUUACCGAGACCACAGGAAGGACUUCCCGAAGACUGCAGCUAAUUCACUUAGCAGUGACUCCACCAUGGGAUCCAUCAGGUGGAUUCGGGACGGGCCUCUUGUGUGUGUGAAGUGGAUGGACACGCAAGUGGUGUCUGUUUGUUCCACCAUACAUGCUGCCUAUACAGGAGACCGUGUGAAAAGGAAAGCCAAAGUACAAGAUAGAUGGAAGACAAAGAUUUUACCAUGUCCUGCGCCUGUGUCUGCAUAUAACCACCACAUGGGGAGUGUUGACCUCUCCAAUCAGCUGUUGCAGUUCUACACCAUACAGCACAAAGCCAUGAAAUGGUACAGAAAAGUCUUUCUACACUUCUUGGACAUUGCUUCCACUAAUGCUUUCCUGUUGCACAAAGAGCUGAUUGGAAACAUGACUCGCAAAGAGUUCAUGGAGGAGCUUAUUGCAGAGCUCUGUGGUGUGUCAAAGAAAGCAGAACCAAAACAGUCCAACACAGAACAUGUGCCAAUCCCAGGAGCUGAGCUGACUUCAGAUCUCAUAAGAAAUGCUACUGUCGGUCGCCGGAAUUGUAUACAUUGCAAGACAGUGCAUGGAAAGAGGCUACAAACACCUUGGAAAUGCCAGGCUUGUGACGUUUAUUUGUGUCUUCAGUUGAAAAGAAACUGUUUCCAGGAAUGGCACAAAGGUGUAUUCAAAUCUGGGAGCUGAAAAAUGUGCCGUUUAAUGUGGCGUUUUUUUUUUUUUCAAUUU